AUGGCUUCCAAGGUUCUCAACGGCAAGACCGGUGUCAUCUACGGUGAGGAUGUCUACAACCUCUUCAAGCACGCCCAGGCCGAGGGCUACGCCAUCCCCGCCAUCAACGUCACCUCCUCCUCAACUGUCGUCGCUUCUCUCGAGGCCGCCCGCGACUCCAAGUCCCCCAUCAUCCUGCAGAUGAGCCAGGGUGGUGCCGCAUACUUCGCCGGAAAGGGCGUCGACAACAAGGACCAGAGCGCUUCCAUCCAGGGAGCCGUCGCUGGUGCCCACUACAUCCGCGCCAUUGCGCCCGCAUACGGCAUCCCAGUCGUUCUUCACACCGACCACUGCGCCAAGAAGCUUCUGCCAUGGUUGGACGGCAUGCUCGAUGAGGAUGAGAAGUUCUUCAAGGCCAAUGGCGUCCCUCUUUUCAGCUCCCACAUGAUUGAUCUCUCGGAAGAGAGCAAGGAGGAGAACAUCGCGACCACCAAGAAGUACUUGGAACGUGCUGCUCCCAUGAAGCAAUUCCUCGAGAUGGAAAUCGGUAUCACUGGUGGUGAGGAGGACGGUGUCAACAACGAGGACGUCGACAACAACAGCUUGUACACCCAGCCAGAGGACAUCUACGACAUUUACAAGACACUGUCGGAAGUCUCCAAAUACUUUUCCAUUGCUGCCGGCUUCGGCAACGUCCACGGUGUCUACUCCCCAGGAAACGUCAAGCUCCGCCCUGAGCUACUCCAGAAGCACCAGCAGUUCGUCAAGGAGAAGACCAAUGCCAAGGAUGACAAGCCCGUCUUCCUCGUUUUCCACGGUGGCAGUGGCAGCUCUGUCGACGACUUCCGUCAGGCUAUCUCAUACGGUGUCGUCAAGGUCAACCUCGACACAGAUAUGCAAUGGGCUUAUCUCUCCGGUGUCCGCGACUACGUCCUGAACAAGAAGGACUACCUGAUGUCGCAGGUUGGCAACCCAGAGGGAAGCGGCAAGCCGAAUAAGAAAGUAAGGGCUGGAGAAGUGACCAUGAGCCAGCGCUUGAAGACUGCUCUCGACGAUUUCUACACCGCCGGCAAGGCCUAA